UUGUGAAAAGUUCUGAGACGAGCAGGAGGAAGUGGGGACCGACCAGUUGAGCACCACCAGAGGCCGGGGAGCGAGGGGGUCUCAAGUGACCCCUGGGAAACUCCGGUGUCGGAAAGGAGCCGAGCGCCUACAUGAAAGGAGGAACCUUCUCGGAAGUUCGCCCCUACCUGAGCCGGGAACUCCAGCUUCAGGAUCCGCGGCGCUUCCCCCGCGUGCUGGCUCGGUGGCCGCGUCUACACACGACCCGUGAGGAUCCGGAUGGCCGUGAGGUGGACCUGGGCAGGCAAGAGCUGCCUGCUGCUGGCCCUUUUAACACUGGCUUAUAUUCUGGUGGAGUUCUCAGUCUCCACUUUGUAUGCCUCUCCAGGAACCGGCGGUGCCAGGGAGCUGGGGCCAAGGAGGCUCCCGGACCUUGAUACAAGGGAAGAGGAUUUGUCUCAGCCUCUUUAUACAAAGCCCCCUGCAGAUUCCCAUGCUCUUGGGGAAUGGGGGAGAGCAAGCAAACUCCAGCUCAACGAGGGGGAACUGAAGCAGCAAGAAGAACUCAUUGAGAGAUAUGCCAUCAACAUUUACCUCAGUGACAGGAUCUCCCUGCACCGCCACAUAGAGGAUAAAAGAAUGUAUGAGUGUAAAGCCAAGAAGUUCCACUACAGGUCGCUCCCCACCACCUCCGUUAUCAUCGCCUUCUAUAACGAAGCCUGGUCCACUCUGCUUCGGACCAUUCACAGUGUUUUAGAAACUUCUCCAGCUGUGCUUUUAAAAGAGAUCAUCUUGGUGGAUGACUUGAGUGAUAGAAUUUAUUUGAAGGCGCAACUUGAAACUUACAUCAGCAACCUGGAGAGAGUUCGCUUGAUUAGAACCAAUAAGAGAGAGGGGCUGGUCAGGGCCCGUCUAAUUGGGGCCACUUUUGCCACCGGGGAUGUCCUCACUUUCCUGGAUUGUCACUGUGAGUGUAACAUUGGUUGGUUGGAACCACUUUUGGAGAGGAUCAGUAGAGAUGAAACCGCAAUCGUAUGUCCUGUCAUCGACACUAUUGACUGGAACACUUUCGAAUUCUACAUGCAGACCGGGGAGCCCAUGAUUGGUGGGUUUGACUGGCGUUUGACCUUCCAGUGGCAUUCUGUCCCCAAACAUGAAAGGGACAGGCGGACGUCAAGAAUUGACCCCAUCAGGUCCCCCACCAUGGCAGGAGGACUGUUUGCUGUCAGCAAGAAGUAUUUUCAGUACCUGGGCACCUAUGACACUGGCAUGGAAGUCUGGGGAGGCGAAAACCUUGAGCUGUCUUUCAGGGUUUGGCAGUGUGGCGGCAAGCUGGAGAUCCACCCAUGCUCGCACGUGGGCCAUGUGUUUCCCAAGCGCGCGCCCUAUGCUCGCCCCAACUUCCUACAGAAUACCGCGCGGGCGGCCGAAGUGUGGAUGGAUGAAUACAAAGAGCAUUUCUAUAACCGAAACCCCCCAGCUCGGAAAGAGGCCUAUGGCGAUCUUUCUGAAAGGAAGUUACUGAGGGAACGGCUGAAAUGUAAGAGCUUCGACUGGUAUUUGAAAAAUGUGUUCUCUAAUUUACACGUCCCCGAGGAUAGACCUGGCUGGCACGGAGCCAUCCGCAGCAUGGGCAUCUCUUCCGAGUGCUUAGAUUAUAACGCUCCCGACAACAACCCUACGGGGGCAAAUCUUUCGUUGUUUGGAUGCCAUGGUCAAGGAGGCAAUCAGUUCUUUGAAUAUACUUCAAACAAAGAAAUCAGAUUCAAUUCCGUGACUGAAUUAUGUGCAGAGGUCCCCCAACAAAAGGAUUAUGUAGGGAUGCAAAACUGCCCCAAAGACGGGCUCCCUGUUCCAGUGAACAUCAUUUGGCAUUUUAAAGAAGACGGAACGAUUUUUCACCCUCACACAAGACUGUGUCUUAGUGCUUACCGGACAGCUGAGGGCCGACCUAGUGUCCAUAUGAAAACGUGUGAUGCCCUUGAUAAAAACCAGCUCUGGAGGUUUGAGAAAUAGGCUGGCAGCAGAGCGCCUUCUCUCCGGGAGCUGACAGUAGCCUCCGGAAAGUCACCGUGCCCCAGGAUGACUGUAUUUUACCAGAAGUCACCUGGCAGCUGUCUGUAAGAACACUGGAAAGCCGUGGUUCAUCUGGGGAUAUCACUCUGAAGCUGCGUACACAGAGCACCGCUGCUCAAUAUCUCAAAGUGCCUUCUUUGCUCUUGGGUUGUUUUAUUUAAAGCUUUGUCGAUAUGGUCUCCUGCAACUUCUUAAAGAAAGCUGCUGUGAACUGAGAUGCACAAAACACUGAAGUGUGGGUGUAGCUUAGCAGUAGAAUGCUUAGCUAGCAUGUGCAAGACCCUGAGUCUGACCCACAGCACCACAAACUACAUGCAAGACUUAAUAUUUAGAACAUAAAAGUCCAGACAAAAUGGGGUAUGAUUCAUUCUGAUUGGUAAAUAUAUUGCAUGUACUUUUCUUUUCUUUUCUUUUCUUUUCUUUUCCUUUCUUUUCUUUUCUUUUCUUUUCUUUUCUUUUCUUUUCUUUUCUUUAUCAAAACAUGUGAAUGUGUAAUUAGAACUAUUACUUUCUGAUUACAUUCUUUCAGCCAGCACAUUACAUUUUAGGUUUUUAAAAGCCAACUUGUCUUUGGUGAAAUAAAAGUUGAAGAAAUUUGAUCUUGAGGAAAAGGCCUGGGGUUGAUAUAUGUUUCAUUGGAAGAGGGUCCUGGUCUUGAAUGCAAGUUUGGAGGUCUUCUUUAUUUUAUUUUAUUUUAUUUUAUUUUAUUUUAUUUUAUUUUGAGAUAGAUCUUGAACUCCUGAGUCUUGCUUCCACCUCUCAAGUACUGGGAUUGCAGGCAUGUGCCACCACAGGAGGUUUGGAGGUCUUUUUUGGCAGACAGGUAUCUCAGAAAGUGUGACAUUCACCUUCCGUUCUCUGUAACCGUGAGCCCUUGGAGUGAACUGACCCAUAUCUCAAUACCUCACAUCACCCCACUCUGUAAGCUGCAUUCUCCGUGAACUUGUUUGUGAGUAAUGGGGCAUUUUCUGAUUGCACCUUCUUAGUUAUGGAUGUCCUAGAAUGAAGCUCAUUCAGAAGGCUGGGCCUCCCUUCUUCUUAAUGCCUAAUGGUUUGAAGUCAACACAAGUGAGACUUCCCCGUAGCUAACCCCAAAUGCCUUUACUGAAAUGUGUGAAACUGAAGAGGGCCGGCCCAGUUCUGCAGAGAGUGUUCGACUCCCCCCAGAGUGGGCGCUGACCUGGAAAUGGAGAGGCUUCUUCCUCUUUACAGCAGUGGGGAAACUGUCUGUCUUGGUCAUUGUUGAUUGGUGCCUUGGAGCUCCUGGAAAGCACAAGGCAGAAGGGAACCAGGGCAGCUCUUACCGUGUGUGAGCAGAUGUCUCAGCGGAAGGGGUUGUUUCUCUUGCUUGGGCCUCAGUUUCCUCUUCUGCCUCGCUGGGUUGGUUGGUGAGGAUCCCUAAAGGUCGAUUGCACCUCCCUCUGGGCCCCUCACCCCUGUGCAACUUGGAGAAGCACUUCUGUGUCUUUCCUUUUAACGUGGGUGGUGCUGAGCAGCUAGCUGGUCAGUUUCAGUCUGGGAGAUGGAAAAGCGAUUUUUACAUUUGCUCAAGCUGAGCUCCCCUGAAGUGGUGAGUUUCUCCCAGGAUAUCAUGAGAGCUAGUUUUCUACUCAUUUUAUUUUGACAACGGUUGGACUGACUGUGCUUUUUUGAAAGUUUUAAACUUUCAAAGCAAUUCUUUUGACUAAGAGUAUAAAUAUUUCCCAAACUAAAUUAUUUCAGAAGGACACGUUUUGCCAUAUUUUGACUAGUUCCCUACUAACAUUUUAUCCAGACAGCACAGCCCAAAUUUUGGGAGUGAGUCUCAGGUUUUUGACUUUGAUUUGAAAAUGCAUGCUCCAUAGAGAACCAGCCCACAGGAAUUCAUAAGAAAGUUGUUUUCAGUGUUCACUUGUCAGGAUGGAGAGGGGGAAAACUCUGAAUUUCGGUAGCUUGUUUAGGGUGAGCAUUUGAAAGCAUGAAGGGUUGUGUGUUCUUGUGGCUGUUUUGUUUCUCACUGAUUCUUAGAAUGAAAAUCUCUUACUACUUUUUUGUAAGUCACCCAGCAUCCUUACAGUUUAUGGACCACCUGGCUAGAGAUUCCAUGAGCAAUGGUUGGCCCUGGGUUUAUUUAAGGGAAAUAUACAUAAAUGCUCAUUCAGGAGGAAAUUCCCCAACAUACAUUCUCACCUUGCCCCACCUUUUUGCUGUUUGUUCUGGCUAGCCCUGUGUCGCAUGAGAGAAUUAAAUGGAUGCAAUUUAGAAGGGACUAUUGAAAAUACUUUUACUUAGUAUCUCUGUGCCCCUAGCAAAAGAGAGAAGAGGCUUUUGAGACUAGAGUCUUUCCUCCUGUGUUACCUGUCUCUCUAUAGGUGGUUAUGGCCCCUCGGUCCUUUUUAGGCUGGUAGUUUAUUUCUGUCCGUAAUUCAGAAGAAUAUAACUCAGAAUACUAUACAUAAUGAAGUAAACUGGAGUUGUGUUUUUAUAUGCAGACAUGGUCCAAUUUCAUUCCAAACGCGCACCAUAGUGAAACAUGCAAGAGACGCUUUCACUUAUUUCCAGUUUUUGGCCAGCCACCUAAGUUCUCCAUUUUGCUAUAGAAUUUACAUGUUUAGAUGUUAGAAAAAUGUUUGAUGAGCAAGGAGUUUCCCAUUCUAUUGUUUACUUCAUCAGUCCUGUGAAUAGAUUGGCUCCAUGAGCAUCUUAGCACUUGUUUUUAUUUGUGAAAUGGUAACAGAGUCAUCAGAAGGGUCUCUUUAACCGUAACGCCUUGUUUGGAAGGGAAACUGUGGUUAUUCAGCCAGUAAAUAGUAGGCUCUUGCAUGUGCACUGAUGUUAGCGGAUUGAAAUAUUCCAGGCAAAGGAUUUGUUUUUAAGCUGUAUACUCAGUUAUUUUAAUCGUCUCGGUUUUAAUGAAUAGAAUUUAGAUUUGACUUGUCUUUUGGAAUUGCUGUUUUAACAAGAUUUCUGAGUGGGCACAAAGCUGAGGUCCAGAUUUCUGUCUUUUGAGCAGUGACUGUUUCUUUGUGUUAAUGGUGUCUGUAAUACUGGUGAAGACAUGCAAUAAAAUGUAUGCCUAAUUAUUUUUGCAAACCGAUUCUGAUGAUUUUAGUCUAUGGCAUUAAUGUUUCUAUGUACACAUUAA